AUGGAUGAGGAUCGUUAUUUAUACUCACCGCUAGGUAUUAUGUUCGUUACAAUGGGUGAGAAUCAUGAACAAGUCUCGUUUGCUUAUCCAUUUCAGGGUGAUUUCUCAUUCUCAUCCGAAUCACAAUCACUUUCAUCUUCUGAACCGUAUCAAACUAUAUACGCGCAAUCACCAAGAAGCAGCGAUGAACGAAAUAGAAGUGAUGCAGAACAAUACGGGGUACCAACAAAAAUCCUUGCUCAUUUACUUUCUGCAAGAGGUAUUUGUGAGAAACCAUUUGAAAUUAAAAUUGAUAAUAUACGAUUCGCUGGUUUUCCAAAGACCGUUUCACGUCCAACCGGUCGUUCACCACAGACAUUUCAUGUUGUAUUCAUUUUAAUUGCAAAAGCAGCGGCUGAUCUCGUUACGUCAUUUCAAGAACUCAGUCGUAAAAUUGCAAUUGCAAUUGAUGAGGAACAAACACGUUGUGGUUAUUUGGCAGAACAAAUGACAACAAUAUUAAAUGAACAUGAAAAGAACGAAUCUCUUUCAGAAGGCCAAGCAUUUCCUUAUCAUGAAGUACUCGCACACUGUUCAUUGACACAGGAUCUUCGAGACAUAUUCAAUGAUGUCAGUGAAUAUGGCGUAGUUCAUGUUUUCCUAAAUGACUGUAUUGAAGUGGGCUUUUGCGUUGAACAACGUGCGCUUUUACACGCGGGAUUGACACCUAGAACUAGGAGCGAAAUUGAGGCGACUAUUCGACGUCUAAAGCCAUAUCACGGAAUUUUGCUACUGGAAGAUGCUAUACCAGGACAUGACUCCAAUCCAGCAUUGCACUUUUUCCUGAAACAUUGUCAUCCGGACCAAAGUCUGAUGAGUAUCAGCGAUUCAUCAGGUCUUCCGCUAUUUCAAGUUCUUACCAUCGUUAGACAUUUGUUGUUAUGGGCACGUGCAAUUGUUAUAUAUCCAUUGUGCAGUAGUAACGUUUACACUUCCGCUACUUCACCGAAACCGUUGUCAAGGCUAAGUGAACAGUUUGGUGAAAUUUUCGAAAAUGCUCAUCUACCCACCAUACUGGCGCAAUUUUCUCCACCAUGUACAUUAGAGGAAUUCAUGAAUCCUUCUAUACACAGUUUCAACGAGCAGCAACUUCGCAUAAGAAUGGUCGCGCGACUAUUACGAGAUCAGUUGAUUAUGCAACUUCACACAUUCCUUUAUUUGAUGCCACCCUUUUCACAUGAAACUGUCUAUGAGUCUGCGGUGGAUACAGUCCAAAGUGAUAAUUUGCACCAGUUAUUGUCAAAUGCGAUGUUGGCAACUGAAAUUAAAGCUUCAGUAAUUCAAGUAUAUAAAACGAUGCUUAAGCAACAUCCACAGCAAUAUGUCGAAGAUUUGCUUCAUCUAUUUUUAAGACUGAUACCCUACUUGCGCGGUGAGCAUCAUAUAGAAGAUAUCAUGUAUAGAAUGAAUUUGGAACGAUCAUCCGUAAUGCGCGUUUUGGACACAUUUGCUUGCGUAAUUGCGCCAUUCAUGAGACCCGAAUAUGUUUAA